AGAAGAGGUUCAACUCGCUGCGUUCAGUUUUGGAGGCAGUGUCUGCCAUCACCAUCAGCAACAUCAAAUACACGCGCUUAUUGUUUUCUCAUCGCCUUUACCUUUUCUUACGUGUUAGCUCUUUCUUUCUUUCUCUCUCUCUGUGUGUCUGUGUGUGUGUGUUUGACGCCUUCGCCGGCUGCGUCGAUGCAGGGGCACCGAAAUCGCCACCGAAGCGACUCUUCCGGCAUAAAUACUUUCAUGUAGGAUUUCCUUUUCUUGUUGUGCCUUCUCUCAUUCUUUCUCUUCUCCUCUUCUCCUCGUCUUCUCCCGCCCUUCCUCGUUUGUGCACGGUUCAUUGUUUUCUAAAAAUCUGCCUUCGUUUCCUUUUCUUGUGUGUCGCUGACACGCGAAACCUUCCAAAAAAAAAGGAAGAAAAAAAACGUCACCAACAAAACAGCGUUUGACGGGCCAGAAAACUUGUAAAAGCCUGCUUUGUUUUUCCUCUUUCCCCCCCUUUCAAUUAGAGGUACAUCAGGGAGGAAGAGCGACAAGGCAAGUUAAACGUGUGCUGUCCGUGGUAGUAUCAUAUGUAUACACACUUCUCAAAAAUCAAAACAACACCAACGACUACACCAAAAAAAAAAAACACAUCAGCAUAAAAAACGAAGCAAUAAUUCCCCCCCCCCCGCAAAAAAAAAACGGGACAAAAGGAAAAAAGGGAAAAACAUCACCGUAACUUCGUGGCAAGUGGGUUUACAUGCAAUAAAAGGUACCCGUGCUUUUUCUUCUUCUCUCUCCAUCUCUUCAUAAAUUGCUGUUGUGUUACUUCGGUAGCUUUCUAUUUGUUUCUUUCUGUAGUACCCUCGUGAAGGUAUUUCUUCACUUCCCCGCGGGGUUUUUUUUCUUCUUCGGUUUUGAUUGCGACGUAAGGGUGUCCUGCACCGAAUCUGUGGAAGUCGGCGGCGUGCAAUUCACACGUGGAGAGGUUGAAACUUAUUACUAUUACUACUACUACUAAUUAUCAUUAUUGUUGUUGUUUUGUUUUUUCCGGUGUUCCAAUCUCUAUUAUUUCUUGUUUCUUGUUUUCCUCUCGAAUUGACUCGUGGGUUUCCGCCUCCGAAGCAACUACAAAAGGCUGAGACGAGAACGACUACAAAACGCGUCCAAGUACAAAACACAAGCCGAAAAAAACAAAGGCGAUAAUAGUGUGUUUUUAUUGUUCUUUGCAUAGAGCGCAUCGCAGCAGCAAAAUUCAUAAGAAAGAAAAUAAAAUUAUUUGCCUCCACCAUCACCACCACCUCCUCCGUUACUGCCGCCAUGAGCUCCGCGAUCUCGUCAGCGGGUCUGCACAUCUCCCGCAGCAGCACGCGGCGGAUGGUGCGGCAGCUGCACCACCAUGUCGCUGAGCAGCGACAAACGGUGAUGGAGUGCCGUAACACGGCGGAGUCGAUGUCCGCCGCCGCCAUCGCGCACGACGCCCACGUCGCCAACGUCGAGAACCCGCCGCCGUUCUGCUUUGUCGAGGUCGCCUCGGAGAAGGACAUCAAGCAGAAUUUUAUCCCCGACGGCCCGCUGAGCGGCAUUGCGGUCGCGGUGUCGGAUGCGCUGGAUGUGCAGGAGUUCCACACCCGGUCCGGCCUCGACACCCCGAUGUUCCACCACGUCGCGCGCAAGGAGUUUCCGCUCAUCUCGUGGCUGCGGCGGCAGGGCGCGCAGUUCAUCGGGAAGAUGUGCUGUCGCACGCCCUUGGCUCUCAGCGAGGGAACGGUCUUUGGACCACAGAAGCCGUCCUCGACGGCGGUGUUUGAGCACGCGUGCCACUACGCCAUCAGCUGCUCCUUGAACGGACCGUCGUCGAUUGUGUGCGCCGCGUACCACGACAUCGUAGGCUUCAAGCCCACCGCGCAGACCUUCGGCACCUUCACGGAGCGCUUUGAGCUGACGAUGCCCUCCAUGACGCUGGGCCUGUCCGCGCGACGCGUCGAUGAUCUCAUGUAUCUAUGGCAGGUGUACACCGCGUCCAUCGACCCGGUGGCGUACUUUGAGCAGACGGCCGCGAAGCGAGGCGGGUCAGCAUCAUCUGGCGCCAACAGAACCAACACCGCAACAACGGCAGGUCCAGACGGCGCCAAUGCGUCGGACAACGUCGCCUCUUCUGCGUCUUCUGCCGCAAAGCACCUCAUUCCACCGGUGGAGCUGCUCGGGGCAGCGGAGGCACGGGAGAGUGCAGAGGACGGCGGUGGACACCUCUCGGCCGGCGCCACCGCGGCCGCCGCGGCGGAGGCCGCUGCCGACGUCGCCCACAAAAAGAGCAGCCCGACGCUGACCAUCGGGAAUUGGUGGGGCGGCCGCACCGUGCUGGAGUCCACGAAGCACCCCGACGACACUCCCAUCUACGCCCGGCCGGAGAUUCUGGACCACAACCCGUACAACUACACGGUGAAGGAUCGCCGCGGCCACAUCGCCGACAUCGACGUCGGCUGGCGCGACUACAACGCGGAGGCGGCGAUGGCGGACGACUUCGGCCAGCCCACUCGGCCAGGCUUUGUUCGUCGGCUCCUGACGGGCGCACAGUCCUUCGACACCCCGCAGGUUGAGUUGGCCGUCGGCUACCCGGCGGAGUGGAUCAACACCUACUGCACCGGCAAGUACAGCUCCGCCGCGGAGUUCCACAAGCGCAUCACCGACGCCGUGUACAUGCACAGCGCCCUCCACUUCAAUCAAAAGCUGGAGAUCGUGCCGCUUGCCUUCGACUUCACGAUGGAGGAGGUGCUUGAGGCGACGACGAUCAUCUCGCGCUACGAGCUCGCGAAGGCGUUUGAGCGCUUGUUCCGUCCUGCCUCGGUGGAGCCGACGCCGGAGGAGGUGGCCGCGGCGGAGGUGCGGGCGAAGGAGGCCGCGGAGGAGGCCGAGAGGAAGGCCGCUGCUGCCGCAGCAGCCGCGAAGGAUGAAGUGGCCGCCGACCACGAUGCAGAUGCCCCGAUGGAAUUGAACAUUCUCUCCGGGAUGUCGCCGCUGACCCUCGACGCAAAGCGGGCGGCCUCGCCGAACCGGCCCAACACCUUCUCCGGCUUAACCGGAGUGCUAGAGGAGCUGCCGGAGAGCAUCGUCGAAUCGAUCCACGCCGGGCAGAAGUUGUCGAUACGCGAUUACAACCGCGCCCUGCGCAUCCGCGACGAUGUGGUGCGGGCGACGGAGGAGCAGUUCAUGGAUGUGGACUGCUUCCUGACGCCGCUGCUGUCGGACCCGUACGAGAGUGGCGACAUGCGCAGCGUGCGCCUGACCCUGCCCUUUCACCUCGCUGGCAACCCCAUUCUGUCGGUGCAGGUUGAUCCGGAGACGCCCGUGGCGCUCGUCGGCGAGCUGGGCCGCGACGCCGCACUCAUGGAGGACGCCUUUUGCUUCCUACAGUUCGUGCGUGGCGCCUCACCGCGCUGGUGGCGUCAGAAGGUAUUUGGCGAGGGCUCGGCGCUGCCAAUCGGGUCCGGUAAGAGUGCCCAACCCAUCACGGUGCACCACCGCAGCGGCGCCAAGACCACGCCGUCAGUGUCCUUGUCGAUCGAGUAG